CCUCUUCGCCUCAUCCCGAGGAUCGAUCUCCACCUUCUUCACGCCUGAAGCCAUCGGUCAUGAAGUUAGCUCCGUCUCUCGUCUCUCUCUCCUUGGAAGCGGUUCAAAACGAGCUUCUUCGAGGGUACGAUGUUCUGCCGGACGUCUACGAGCUUCCGGCGCACUUGUUCGACGCCCUGGUGGCUCGGUUGCCGCCGUUGAGCUUGCACAAGCUGCAAAACGAGAUGCCAAAAUGGAAGCGGGAUGAGUAUGAUGCGGAUGAGUGCUUCACAAAUGGUAGAAAACGCACAAGGCAUGGAAGCUUCAACGAUGCAUGGAGGUCAUUGUUUAAGCAGCGGUGGGCGGAGCUCGUUGACCAGAUGGAACCAGCUGAUUGGCAACAGGCAUAUUGGGAGGUGCACUUGCAGAAUUGCAUAGAUGACGCAGCGGAGGUUGCAUUGCUUCCAUCCUUCGAUGUGAAAUUAGGCGAAAUAAGAAUUUCGGAUGCCAUGUUGAAAUUUAUUGGUUAUGAGUGGCAAAAUGAUUCUUCUACCUCCAAGUUCUCAAAGCUAUAUCAGCAUUGCAAGCGUUUUGGACACUACAUGAGAUCUCUGAGACUUCAAAAUGUGCUAUGCAUUGAAGAAACUUGCCAUCUGUUGAAGAAUUCUAGAUUGGAAAGCUUGGUACUUCGGUGGAUCAGGACGAAGGAUCAUGUCCGUGCCUUAUGCCAACUUCUGCUCCAGAAUCGUGAAACAUUAACAUCACUUGAAUUUAUUCACUGCAAGCUUCCUUCAACUUUCGUCAAUGCAAUUUGUGCUUCUCUUCAUGUUAAGGGUAUGCAAUCUCAUGGAAUAAAGCAGUUCUCUGUUCAUGCGUCAAGCUUUCUCGACAGUAAUACGGUCUUACCUUCUGAAUUCUCGUCGUUUCUUUCAUCUGGAAGGUGCUUGUAUUCACUGAGAUUUUGUGACGUCCGCCUGGACAGAAACUUUGCUGAGUUGGUAUUUAAUACACUUCUUGAUGCUUCGUCUGACCUAUCCAUCCUCGAUCUCUCUGACAAUGAGAUAGCAGGAUGGCUGUCUAGUUUCACCUGGAAAUACAAAGGUAGCGCAAUCUUAUCUACAGGAGCUGCCAAAUCAUUGGCUUCAUUACGCGUGCUCAAUCUGAGGGGAAAUAAUCUUCACAAAGAAGAUGCAGACAAUCUUAGACAUGCUCUUGUUCACAUGCCUGCCUUGCGGACACUGGAUUUAAGUGAGAAUCCUAUUGGUGAUGCUGGGCUUAGGCAUCUACUUCCCUUUUUGGUCGAGGCAUCUGGAAAAGGCUUUCCCUUGGCUGACUUGAGUCUGGAAAACUGCGAGCUUUCAUCUAAUGGGGUUAUUGAAUUCUUAAAUACUCUAUCCACCUUAGAUAAAUCACUUAGUUCUCUCUCUAUUUCAGAUAACAGGCUUGGCAGCCAUGUAGCAGAAGCCUUGGUAAAGUUAAUGGGGACAUCGGUUCAAGUACUUAACAUAGGUGGUGUUGGAUUGGGUUCUUCUGGCUUUCGAGAGCUACAGAAAGUGAUGUCCAAUUCUUUGAAGCUUGUCAAGAUUGAUAUAAGUAAAAAUCGCGGAGGGAUCGAAUCUGCCAAAUUUUUGUCAAAGCUUAUUGAAUGCGCGCCAGAGCUUGUUGCAGUCAGUGCUGCAUAUAAUCUUAUGCCUCCAGAGUCCCUCACUGUCAUAUGCUCAGCAUUGGAAGUUGCGAAAGGUAAUCUUGGGCUCUUGGACUUGAGAGGAAAUAAUUUGGACAAACUUACCAAUGAUGCUAGCAUACUUGUUGAUCUUCAACGGGAUGGAAAACUGAGUAUAGUUUUUGAAUCGUCACCGACACUAGAUGCCCCUUAUGAUGAUGAACCUUGACACUUUUGCUGUCUUGGGGCAUUCGGAAUGUGCAAGAUCUUGUGAUUCCACACAAUUUGGUCUUGAAGAUGAAACCUUUUCUCAUUUCACGCCCUGCCAAAUGUGACAAUUGGGUAAAGAACUCCAUGCAUGUGUGAUUAGUUUCUGUACUGGGCUUUUGCUUGUGAUUCUAUCUGCUAUCCAUGUGUCUAUCUUUCCUUUCAGGUACUUUUGAUUGCAGUUGAGAGUAUAUUGGUCUUCAUAGACUGGGAGGUUACGAGUCUUGUCGACUGGCAUUGUCGUUUAGUGCUGUACAGAGCCUUUUAAACUUACACCGUGUUUUUCCGGCCAAUACCAGAUUCUGGCAAUUUUUUCUUCACUUAUGGAGUAUGAUUAGCCUACGUGCAUGUACAAUCUCACCGGCAUACAUGCUUCUUCUUCAACCGUGAGUUGUAGCUGGACUAUCUUAGCUUUGACCAUCUUAUCUGCUGUGGGAAUAUCUUUGGCACUUCUAACUCGGGAUCUAGCAGGCGCCGAUAUGAAAACGCCGUCCAAUUGCACUAAUCCUGUAAGAUUUCUCGAUCAAGAAUUGUCUGGCCUUCAGUGAACCCUUUGGAGUAGCCCAGUAGGAAUCUCUUUCUGCUUUUAACAAAUGUUAUUACAUUGG